CCGGACGCGAUCUUCUCUCUUAUCCCCUGCGCUGCUGCGAAGCGCGCGCCGUGCCCACCACUUGCCUUUGACUUUACAGGGAUCGAGUCAUCCUCCUCGUGCCACUCCAGGGUACGCGUCUGGAGUAGUAUGUACAGGCGUACGCGUAUAUAUUUGCGCUUCCCCGGACCGGCCUGCCAGUGCCAAAAGUCAACCCCAUCCCGCGCCGGCCACCACCACGCGUCCGUCCUACCUAGCUCACUUCGUCAAAGCUCUCCAAGCUCAAAUCCCUGGUCGCCGUUCAUGUGCGGCCUGCUUCUGCGCAUGGAGCACCUCAACGACUGGGACCUGCAGGCCGUCGUCAGGAGCUGCGCCACCUUCUCCUCCCGCCACCCCCAGGACCGCGCCGGUCCUCCUCCGGGGACCGCCGCGGCGCCGGUGGCGGAGACGACGGUCAAGCGGGAGCCGCGCGACGUGGCCCGGCCAGCAGCGGCGGCCAAGGACGCGUCGUCGCUGUACGGCCUGGAGUACCUGGACUUGGAUCACAAGCCCUUCUUGCUGUCGGCGCCGUCGUCGCAGUCGUGGGCGGCGGUGGAUGACCGCCACGAGAUGAUGAUCUCUUUCCCCGCGGCGGCGUCCACGUCCGGCGUGCGGCCGCGGGUGCCGCCUGGCCGGAAGCCCGGCAUACGAAGCAGCACCCCACGCCCGAAAAGAAGCAAGAAGAGCCAGCUGAAGAAGGUGGUGUGCGAGGUGCCGGUGGCCGACGGCGGCGUCUCCUCCGACCUUUGGGCAUGGCGAAAGUACGGUCAAAAGCCCAUCAAAGGCUCGCCUUAUCCCCGGGGAUACUACAAGUGUAGCAGCAUGAAGGGGUGCAUGGCCCGGAAACUGGUGGAGCGCAGCCCGGCCAAGCCCGGUGUGCUCGUCAUCACCUACAUGGCCGACCACUGCCACCCGGUGCCGACGCAGAUCAACGCGCUCGCCGGCACCACCCGCCACAAGACCACCCCUGCCGAGGGCCACGCGCCGACGACCACGACGUCGCCCAAGAGCCACGGCGAUGCCCACGAGGCGGUGAGGUGCGACGACGAAAGCAACGAGACGUCGUCCAUGGCUGUGGACGGCGCCACUGAGGACGCGGCGGGGGAUGACGGCGGCGAGUUCUGGCCGACGGAGCUGGACCUGGACGAGUUGUUGGCGCCCGUGGAUGGCGAUCUGGAUCAUGUCUUCGACGAGGACGACGCCCUGGGACGACGGCUCUCGCUAUAGCUGGAGAGGAAAUUUGUAGCUAUAACCUAUAGGCACCACCGAUUGACAACUUUUUUGCCCCUUUGUUCACCUAUUUGCGAAGGAGGGGUCACGCAGCAGGCAAGAAGCCAUGUAUAUGCGUUUGAUGUGUGUUUUGUGCUUGAUCCCUCUCAACAAAAUGAUGAAGAUUUCUUAUGUAGCUCCAGUCAACGGCUGCCUACUAACUACUAGUACAAUAGUAUUGAGUCUUGUAUACAUGUAAUUAUAGUUCAUCAAAGCCUUGACC